AUGGCUCCGGUCUCGGCACUCGCCAAGUAUAAGCUGGUUUUCUUAGGAGAUCAAUCCGUCGGGAAGACCAGUAUCAUCACUCGAUUCAUGUACGAUAAAUUCGACAAUACUUACCAGGCCACAAUUGGUAUUGAUUUUCUAUCAAAGACAAUGUACCUAGAAGAUCGAACUGCCAGACUCCAGCUGUGGGAUACAGCAGGGCAAGAGAGAUUCAGGAGUCUUAUUCCGAGCUAUAUCAGGGAUUCUUCUGUUGCUGUUAUUGUCUACGAUGUUGCAAGCAGGCAAUCUUUCCUAAACACUACUAAGUGGAUCGAUGAGGUUAGAACAGAGCGUGGUAGUGAUGUCAUAGUUGUGCUUGUGGGAAAUAAAACCGACCUUGUGGACAAAAGGCAAGUGUCAAUAGAGGAAGCAGAAGCCAAGGCUCGUGAGCUUAAUGUCAUGUUUAUCGAAACCAGUGCCAAAGCCGGUUUCAACAUUAAGGCGCUCUUCCGGAAGAUAGCAGCAGCUUUGCCAGGAAUGGAAACAUUGUCGUCGACAAAGCAAGAGGAUAUGGUUGAUGUCAAUCUCAAGUCUUCCAAUGCAAAUGCAUCUUUGGCUCAGCAGCAAGCAGGAGGAUGCUCUUGUUAA